AGCAGAUGUUUUCACGCUGUAUUUAUUGCAAUAUUUGCAAUAACAGAGAAUUGCCUCUUGUGGGGAUAUCGCCACCAGCAAAUCUCCCUGGAGAAUGGGUCCUCACAGAUGGCUUGUAGCAGCAGUGCUCUGCGUGUGCUUGCAGCUUGCCAGCGCAGGAGAUAAAACUUUAGUGCUGUUGGAUGACCAUAGUUUAGCUUACACUCACUCAAUAUUCUUCAAUUCAUUGAGAGAUCGUGGCUUUGAUUUAGAAUUCGCCACAGCUGAUAACUCGGGCCUUGCGCUUUCGAAGUAUGGUGAAUACAUUUACCAGCAUUUGGUCAUUUUCUCUCCAUCAGUAACAGAGUUUGGUGGCAAGCUUAAUGUCCGGACCAUCUUGAAGUUCAUCGAUGACGGAGGAAAUGUUCUUGUAGCUGCCAAUCCUUCCAUCGACGAGCCCUUGCGUAAGUUGGGAAGUGAGUGUGGCAUUGAAUUUGAUGAGACCAAGACUAGCGUGAUUGAUCACGUCAAUCAUGACACUGCCGACCAAGGCAAACAUUCGCGCAUUGUCGUUGACCCCGACAACGUCAUCAAGAACGUCCCCAUCGCUGGCAAGCCUCUCUCGGCUCCUUUGCUAUUCAGUGGUGUCGGACUUGUCGUUGACCCAGACAACUCUCUGGUGACCACCAUCGUGCAUGGUUCCGGCAGCACUUACUCCUAUUACCAGGAUGAAAAGAUCACAGUGUACCCUCACGCGGUUGGCAGGAAAACCGGACUGGUGGCUGCCGUUCAGGCACGCAACAAUGCCAGAGUGGUGUUCGCCGGUUCUCUGGACAUGUUCAGUGACAAGUUCUUGACAGCUUCUGUGGAGAGUGCGCGCCCGGGAUCUCAGAGGUUUGAGAAGUCCGGGAAUGAGGACUUUGUCCGUGCACUGUCUGCGUGGACGUUCCAUCACUCUGGUGUGCUGCGCUAUACCAAUGUGAAGCACCACAUUGUCGGCGAAAGCACACCGCCACAGUUCUACACAAUUGAAGAUGAUGUGAUCUUCAGUCUCCACAUCGAAGAGAAGGUCGACGGUGUUUGGCAACCCUUUGCUGGCAAGGAUGUGCAGAUGGAGUUCCAUCGCAUCGAUCCGUUUGUCCGCCUGCCACUCGUGCCCAGCAAUGGGGACUUCAGUGUGCGCUUCACGCUGCCUGAUGUGUAUGGCGUGUUCCGAUUCCAAGUGGACUAUCGUAGCUUGGGGUAUACAUUCCUGUAUAGUGCCAGUCAGGUACCAGUCAGGCCAAAGACACAUGUACAGUAUGAACGCUUCAUUGUCAGUGCUUUCCCGUACUAUGCUGGCGCCUUCUCAAUGAUGAUUGGGCUAAUCCUCUUCUCCUCGGUGUUCCUUUUUCAUAACGCACCUAGUGAAAAGUCCAAGACUGAAUGAGGUCAUAUUCGUUUUGUUCAGCCUUUUCUUUUUCUCCAAGUUUAACACCAGUACUAAUUCGAUUGAUCUCUAUCAGUGCAUUUGCUCCCGUUUUUACUGCAUAUUAGAUGAUAUUUGAAUGAGUGUACACGUUGCCAUAUAUUGCAA